ACUCUAUUUAGCCAGUGCAUCCUUGUGGAUUAGAUUCUGACCACGGAAAUAUCAACUGGUUCUAGAGUUGACGUGCUCCACUUUGCGGACAGAAGAAUUUUUGGAAUGUUUUAGCCAGAUAAAUGUUUGUGUUCGAGGUUAUUUGACUAAUGUUAUCCAGGAAAUUGAGACGUUAAGUUUUGAUUGUUUCGAAGGCAUUGAACCUCCGUAUAUCCAUGAUAUUUGCAUGAAUAUAAUUACACAUUCGUAACUUUCAGCAACUACGAUCGUUAUGUUGAUCUUGCACGGUCUGGAAUAGCAAGAAGCUGCUGAAGGAAGUUGGGGUUGUUUACAACAGUUGUGAUGAAUGUGAGGUUGCGACCAACGCACUGGUCGAUUUUAAAGCAAACGAAUGAUAAUUGUCAAUUAAGUCAGCACCUUGAUUGAAAGACAAAUGUCAGGCAAGAGUUGAUUCUGCUUACGAUUUGGGCACAUUUUUCUGUAACAGAUCAGAAGGAUUUCUCUCAGCAACUGGGUUUACGGUAUAUUGGGAGGUUCUUGAGUAUGCACUUAGUUUGUUGGCCAACGGGAGGUUGUUCAGAGAAGGGAGGCGGAAGAUGGGAAAUAGAAAUAGAGACGUCAGCUGUUGGAAGGACUACUUUGAUUGAGGUCGCCAAUGUUUGUGGAGUGGGAAAAACUAAGUGUCACUGUUGAAGAACCAUGUUUUGGCUGUUUCUCUAGCUUUUUGUCCUUUUUAGAGCUAAAAAUCUUGAGGGACCCUCGAUGUGAAGUUGGCGGAGGUUAGCGAAAGGCUCUCCGGUAGGUCGCCGCUUGAAUUCCAGCAGGUGGAGUAGCUCAUGCAUACAAUCUGGCUGCACAACCAAGAUAAUGUCAAGAAAGGUGUCAAGACUGUGGGCUGUGUUGUUAUUCCUCGUCAUGGCAUGGUCCACCUGGAAUGCGACUGAUUACUUUCCUAGAAAUCUCCACCCAACGGUCAAUACUCCUGAAAUUUCAUUUCUGGCAUCACUCCAUGGCUUUCUGAUGAAGCAUGCAGAAAUCUCCUGGAAAGUAUCUGUGGAUUCACCAGGUAUUGCAGUUCAUGGAGAGGGGAUUGAUAGGUCUCCGGGGAGCAUACCGACGUCGCCACCAACGUUGAACAUUUAUGUGUAUGAAAUGCCAGCCAAGUUUACAACCGAUUUAUUGUGGUUGUUUCACAACUCUCUGGAUCAGACUGUAAAUUUAACGUCCAAUGGCAGCCCUGUGCAUCGGCUUAUACAACAGCAUUCAGUGGACUUUUGGCUCUUUUCGGACUUGAUGACACGAGAGGAUAAGCGGCUUCUGAAAACAUUCAGACGAGUGAGCCAUCAGGAGCAGGCAGAUGUGUAUUAUGUCCCAUUCUUCACAACGAUCCCCUUCUUUCUCUUGAGUAGGGUGCAAAGCAGAACGCUUUACAGGGAGGCCGUCAAGUGGAUAACAAGGCAAGCGGCGUGGCAGAGGUCAGGUGGACGAGAUCAUGUGCUCGCAGUGCAUCAUCCUUGGUCUAUGAAAUCUCAUCGCAGAUUCCUAAAAUCUGCGAUCUGGUUGCUCUCUGAUCUUGACUCCUCCGGAAAUUGGUAUAAAGAAGGAGAAGUUUCACUCGAAAAGGAUGUGAUUAUGCCUUAUGUUGCGAAUGUCGAUGCUUGUGAUGAUAAUUGUCUUGCAACUUCUAAACCAUCACGCAAGACGCUGCUCUUUUUUCAGGGCAGGAUUGUCCGUGGUUCGGCUGGAAAGGUUCGCUCAAGGUUGGCAGCUGUGUUGCGGGAUGAGAAAGAGAGAAUUGUGUUCCAGGAGGGGUUCAGUGGUGCAGAGGGUAAAGCUACCGCGCAGCAUGGAAUGCGGAGUUCUGUGUUUUGUCUCAGUCCGGCUGGAGAUACGCCAUCAUCGGCUCGUCUAUUCGAUGCAAUUGUGAGCGGUUGCAUUCCUGUCGUGGUCAGUGAUGAACUGGAGCUACCUUUUGAGGGGAUACUAGAUUACCGACAGGUAGCCCUGUUUGUGCCAGCAGCACGGGCUGCUCAGAAAGGAUGGCUUGUAGCUCAUCUACGAAAUAAAACACCCCAGGAUGUUGCAGCUAUGCAGCAAAGACUUGCCCAAUAUGGAAGACACUUCCGCUAUGGAACUCCUGCACAGCCGUUGGGUCCCGAGGACUUGACGUGGCGCAUGGUUGCAGGGAAGCUACAAAGUGUGAGACUGCACAUACGCCGGUCGCAAAGGCUAGUCGAAGGUGCUUUGGGCACAUGUAACUGCCAGUGCACUCGAGCCAAUUCGACAGCAACUCGACUGUAGAGAACCCUCACUGCCAAGAGGGUAGAAACGAGACACACGUAUUGAGGAAGCUGUGAUAGGAUUCAUGACGUUCACAAAUGAAGACGUUAUUUGAUGCUGACUGCAAAGCAUGCAAUUGAUAACUUAAUUAUUAGUGAAGUGAAUCGUCCUAAUUGUGUAAGAAAAAGACAGUUGUCGGUCAGUAUUGUAACUGUUAUGUGAAGUGUUAUUCAAGAUAAUUCAACA